UUGUGUGUUAUAUUGGAGCCAAUGCAAGAACUAAUGUCAAGACAUAAAACAUAUAAUUUAAGUCCUCGGGACUGCUUGAAAACAUGUUUGUUUCAAAAAUGGCAGAGGAUGGUGGCACCUCCAGUAGAGCCUGCAAGACAGCCAACCACCAAAAGGAGAAAAAGAAAAAAUUCCACCGGUAGCACCUCCAAUAGCAGUGCCGGGAAUAACAUCAACAGCACCAAUAGCAAGAAGAAAGCUGCAGCAGUGAACCUGAGCCUUGCCAGUCAGGUACCUGAUGUGAUGGUUGUAGGGGAACCCACUCUGAUGGGCGGAGAAUUUGGUGAUGAAGAUGAGCGGUUGAUCACUAGACUGGAAAACACGCAAUAUGAUGCAGCCAAUGGCCUGGAUGAUGAUGAAGACUUCAACAAUUCCCCUGCCCUAGGAAAUAACAGUCCUUGGAACAGUAAAAUGUCUACCAACCAGGAGACCAAGUCUGAGAACCCCACACCCCAGGCUUCCCAGUAGAACUCCAUACCUACCCCUGCUCGACUGGUAUCAGCAACUAACCCCCAUAUCACAGCAUUCCAUAGGUAAGCAGAACAAAAACCUCUAGAUUUUCAACAGAUGUGGAAACUAUUUCUAAAUGUACAGCUUUUGUGAACUAGAAAAACAAUUUAUAAGCACCCAGGAGAUGAUCUCGGAAAUGCUUGUACUUGCAAGAGUUUGGCACUGACCUCAGUGAAACUAAAUAUGUAAGUAGCACCUCAUGACGAUUUUUAGAUUUUGAUGGAGGAUUUUUCCCCAGGAUAAUCUCCUUUUAUUCUAUAAAGGCCAUAUCUUCUGUCAGUGCUCAGGAUCGAAUGACUUUUUUUUUUUAACCAUGAAAGAGGAUAUCCUGGCUUUUCUUGUUCUGCAAUAUAAAUGGAAAGAGCAGAAUUUGGAAACAGCCCUUAUUUUCUUUCUGUGCCAUUGAUUUUUCUGGAUAGCCAUUUGAGAAGGCGAGAGGCAGGAGAGAAUUUUUUUUUUAAUCAGGCUCCAAAAACAGCUUAUUGUUAUUAUUAAAAAAAACACCAGUAGCAGAGCUUUAGCAUUUAGUCUACAUAGUCUGGGCUGAAACUUUUCCCCAUUUGAAUCAGCAACUGAGGACCAGAAGCUCUGAUGCCACAUGAUGGAGAAUGCUACUGUAAUGUUUGAAGUUAAAAUAUUUUCUCAAAGAAGGAAACCAAGCUUUCCAGGACACCAAUGAUUCAGCCAUGAUAAUGUGGACUUUAUUAAAGAUCCAAUCAUUCUAAUGUUACUGGUUACAAAAUUCAGCCUUGAGAUUUCAAAUGAUAAGAUUCUAAGCAGUUGCAAUAAAAUCAUAACAAUACCCCAAUAUCUUUUUUGUGGCUCUGAUCCAUAGCAGAGCCUAAAUGUUACCACUCUGGAACUUGAAAACUUCAGUUCCAAAGAUUGGAAAAACUUCUCGGAAGGGGUGUGACCAUGCAUAUCUAGCUAUGUGUCUGGCUAGGAAUAAUUGUGAGAUCAAAAUUACUUAUGUUUCAUUCUACUGAAGUUGGGAUUUGUCAAAAGCCCUCUUUCUCAACAUCUUCAUAAUUUUCUCUUUCCUGACACAAGUUGACCUUUUGCCGUCUUUCCUUCUCUCCCUUUUCUAUUCUUCAUUGCUUUCAGGCAAAUAAUGUAACAGAUUCUAAAUCCAAAAUUUUUCGUCCCCUUGUGAAAAGCACUGAAACAAUUAUAAAUGCCAUUUUGUUUCAUCAAACACAUGACAAAUAUUUUU